CGUCUGCCUCCUCCAUCUCCACUUCCUCUCACCAUCCCUUCACAGGUUAUGAGCCCUCCACUCUCCUCCCAUCUCCUUUUGCUCUCUCUCGCUCGGUCCUCUCUAGGUCUUGAUCUCUCUUGAGUCUUCGAUCUUCACUCUCUUUGCCCCGUGUUCCCUGUCCCUUCGAGAGCCCACUGGCAGUGUCCCGCUGCAUCUAGUGUUAGCCCUGAGGUCGCCCACGACCACAGUGGCAAGAAGCCGAGAGAGCUAGCUAUCCGAAGUAUUGUAUCUUCCUUGACAUUCCUUCAUCGGAGUCGCGGUUGAGCAGUGUCACACUUCUGACGAGUUCUCAGGAAGCUUCAAUACCCUUUGAAAACGCUGGGAACCGCAGAGGACCGUGAAAUCUGCUCAAAUACGAUUGCGGAUACGCUACGCUCUCUCACAAAGUGUAUUCAAGUUGAGAACGCUGGGCUUGUACAACACAUGGAGCUAUUGGGGCCGUGUCAGAAGGCGGCUUCUGGGAGCAGAAAUGCAUUCUUCGACGGGGUCGAGGAUUUCUAGCACAAGGAUUUCUUGCUUGACACGGUCCCAUGUGCGGUGUGCCGCAAGUGGUGCGGCAGUCUGGCAAUGAGUGAAUCUUUUCCCCGCGUCACUGCUCGCAGUGACAGAGGGUACAGUGCAACUCAUGAAGGAUCGUUGUGGACUACAACGUCCGCCUCCAUGUGGAGCUCGAGCACUCCUCACAAAGUUCUUAAGGUCUAUGGCAGAGGGUCAAAGUCUUGGCGGGUAGACGGGGUUGUGCCGUAUCUGUCGCUGUGCAGGUACGGGAGCUCCGUUUACGCGUGUGGCCCACGAACACAUGCGUAGGCCCACCACGGCGUGGGGUGCACACUUGUUGUCGACGACGGCGCCUGAGCUUGCGUACAUCGCGUACAAUGUCAAGCCAGGCUGGUCGUCCACAACUUGAGUGCGCCCUGGGGUCGUGGGUUUUACCAUGUCCGAGCAUGACCCGAAGCCGCAAAUGAAAUUAUGAUGAUUGGAACGAGUGUCUCGAAAGAGAAGGAAGAUAUGACCGGGCCUGGCCAGCCCGGGGAGUCUUUGAACUCGUUCCAUACAAAUGUCUAUGUCUCUACCUCCCUGAGGCCUGCUCGGGAGGGAUGUACAAGUGUCAAAGGAAAUUAUGUCGGCGUCGACCUCGAUGUGCGCAUAUCCCACGAAUGAACAAAUCUGGAAGACUCUCGACCACUGCUCGGCGUCGAAACCUCCUCGCACCCGGAUAUGACGGCGGGAAUCUGUAUCGGCUCUUUUUGCGCGGUCCACCUGCUUGCCACUCUUGCUAGAAGCAAAAGCAGCUGCCGUGUGGACUGUGGAUCUAGUCGGACGGAGGGACGUCGGUCAGGGGUCUGGUUUCAGCACACGAGAGUGGUGGGAUCUUCUCCGAAUACUAUUAUUGAACAAUGUGUCUGCGCGAGAUGCGAGGCCAUUGUGAGAAAACUCUUGCUUGGAAUCUGACCAAGAUGCAACCAGCAGAGCAAUAUUGUUAUAUUCCCGGAUGCCGUGAGCCUGAUCAGCCUCGGAUUCGGGAUGAAAAGUUUUGGUCCUGCGCGCGCAAUUACCUGGGAACAGACAGAACAAGGCAAGGCCAGCAGCUGUCUCGUUUGCAAGCAGGCAUUCGAGCUCCAGCUACUGAGAGAACCCGCCUUCUGUACAGCCUGAAGGGUCAAUGCCGGCAGAGACGCAGACUGUCCCCGAGCUUAGAAGUGCCUGAUCAGCACUGGGGCUCGGUGGAACAGAAUAAAAUGUGCCACAUUUACUGCUUGUACCUGCAGGGCAAGUCAGGAAGAACUGCCCACUGGAGAGCACUCUUGGUGCACUUAGGUGGAGCCGAGUCAAAUGCCGUCAUCCAGAGCCACCGGGCAGCAAACGUCGCGGGGCAGAUGUCGAGCUGAAAUUAUUGUUAUGACGCCCCUUUGGGGUCGUGCAUCCUUGUCAAUUGCUCCUCUUCACCCUCUCUGACGCUCCAAUGUUCCGCUGAUUUUGCUCCUCGCUCUUGAAAACUGUGUUUGACUGCGCACGCUCCUGCGAGCAGGUCAAGCCCGUUGACAGGAGAGUGAGGACUUAAUCUCGGUACUGCCCUGGACGUCAGAAGGGGUACAGGAGGGGAAUGACAAAAGACGUUCGCCCAUCAUCGAGAUCAGCCGCAUUGUUACCGAACAUACCCGGCCAGAGAAACGAUCCGAUGCUUGAGCUUGACCGGCCACGCGAUGAAACGCCUACCCGGACAAUUCUGGAAACAAACGUUGGCUGGUGAUGGGUCCAACUACCAGCGGCCACCUUACCGCGGAGUCUCGAGGCGUGGCCAAACCACGCUGGACAUCUUGAAUCCAACCAUGCGUGUUUCAAACCACUGGGCUGGAAGCAUCAAUCCAUCAACCAAACUACUGGCAUGGAAGCAUCCAAACCAUUCAUGGGCCAAACCACUGGCAUACAUGAUAAAACCAGUUUGAUCCCACCACAUAUGAUCCAUACAAAACCCAAACCGCUGGGUCGAUGAUCCAAACAAGAUCCAAUCCAGGAUCAAGGAACCAAACCACACAAGAUCCGAUUUAGGAUCAAGGAACCAUCCGCAAGAUCCAACCCAGGAUCAGGUACCCAUCACAGGAUUCAACUCGCAUCUAGGAACCAUUUCAGGAUCCGAUUUUGAAUUCCAACCUCAACCAUCCAUCAAGGCAACCUGCAAACCUCUGCACGAUGCCAAACCACAAACAAGCCAGACCUCAAACCACCAUACCUGAAACAACCAAGUUCAUUCAUGCAUGCCCCAAUGCAUGAAUGACCAUUUGUCCAUCAUGCAUCCCUGCAACCAAACGAUGUGACAACCAAACCUCCAUCCCUGGAGGAGCCAAUUCUCAUCCAGGACAACACACGUGCGCUGACCCCCGGUGCACUUCAACUGUCCUUGGACAGUCUACUUGCUGUACACUUCAGGCCAAUUCCUGUCGUUGUCUUGCGCUUAAACGCCUCAGGCCAAUACCUGUUGUCGUUUCACUUUUACCUUUUUCAUCAUGAGUUACAUGCCUUGUGCAUGGCCUUGGAGAAGAGGACAGCGUUAAAUGAAGAGGACUUUCUUGCAGAUUCUGGUCUAUGUCUUUGUCUCGUUGAUACUGUAUAUUUGCGCAGAGAAUACCUGCUGUCACAUUGGAUAUCGCUCAUAGUCCUCCGGCCCCCAGGUGCCUGAUUCGCCCCUCCUCGCAAAGCACCCCUUUCCACAGCAAAAACUGCCAACCUUCCGCCAGAAGCCAGAGAUCGUGUCCUAUACAAGAGCUCCGUUGCGCACAUUUCUGCCGUUCUUCUUUUUCAUCAUGGACAGGGUUUUCUGCAUGCACUGUCGUUUCCACCAAUCCUUGAACCUGUCGAUCACUUUUUUUUUCUUGGCUGCAGACUCAGCCGUGGGCAUGGCGUCUCCUAGUGGUGAUCGAGAAUAUUCAAAGGAGCUCUGUCCUUUCAUCUGGCAUGAAUGGCUGAGCUUGAGGCCGUUUAUAUGCUGACCACCAUUGUGUUUGGCCCCCAGUACACCGGAUGACCUUGUCAACCCACUCCUGAGGCUAUGCAGGUCAAAUCGUUUCCAGGGGUGCACCCUCGAUGUCUGAGCUGAGCUGUCAUCAGAGAAGAAACUUUGGACCUGACGCAACGGUGGUCGGAAGACCUGGGGAGGAUCGGGAAAGUGAAGACUGAGAUUGAUGUCAGAGGAUGUCAAUGGUGGCCCAAAUUCUGGAGGUGCAAGCUGAGGCACAGGACCCAGCCGAGGUGUCUGCGAGCUCAUCCGAGUGCUGUUCAGGGGUUCAAUCACGCUGACAUUGCUUCGGUGUGAACGGACUGUGCGUACAGAUGCCUUGCGAACUAUAUCAAUCCCCCGUUUGACAGGCUGAGGCAUGGCAGCUAGCAUGCUUGUCCAUCUCCUUGGGACAGAGUCAAAUGCCGGCAGACUCGUUGACAGUACGGUCGUCGGUGCAUGCACCAGGACUGACUCACCACUCAAUUCAGCGUAACCUUCAACUGGCGACAUUGUGCUGACAUCUCGGCGGGACUCCUCUGUUAUCCAGUCGUCUUCGUGCCCGACGUUCUGCGUCUGCUGUUCACCAUGGUUGCCGUCAGCAAGCUGGCCGAGGCUGGUAGAUUUUCGCUUGGCUUUCAGCAUGAUGCGCAUACGUCGUCUCUGUUGGGAUGCCUGCAUGGUCAUAACAUCACUCCUUGACCUGCGAUGCAUGGAGUAUGGCUGACUCGGCUGCGAAUCUUCGGCAUCAGGAAUUGCCUUGCCAGAUUCCGAUGUGCUGGCAGCUAGUUCUGAAACACGUCUGAUCUUGAACCUGCCGGUGGGUGGGUCUGUAUCUAUAUCUGCCAUGUCUCCCGAGGUCAAUGAAACUUUCGUUCGAAUUGACGGAAGCUCGCUGGCCGAAGGGAGCGUCUGCCAGCCUGAAGAAAGUUGACACUCAGUCAUGCUAACGGACGAGAAGUUUGCUCGGGAAAGCUCUCGUGGAUUGUCUCGAUUUGGCUGGGGUGACAUUCUCGAAUCCAUACUGGCGAACAGGCGCCGGGGCAUCAGCUUGCGUCUCUCCGUGCUAGCAAGACUCGAGUGCCGGUAGGAGCUUGACGUUGCUGGUCUCUGUCUGGGUUUUGAAUGCAACUCCUUGACAAUGGUGGAGAUUUUUACAGUGCUUUCUGCGCUGCUGUAGUCCACAACAUCCGACAGUCCUGAAUCGCUCCGCCCCUCAAAGCGACUGAGCCCGUCAUCAUUCAGACCCAGGCAUUCGAUAUGCCUGUCAAGGAGAGAUUCAACUGUCGAUUUGUCGUGGAAGGUGUUGUGACUGUCCCGGAAAUGAGCAUCCGAACACACCGCGUUGACGACGACUUUCUCCUCCGGCACAGCACCAUGGCCGCCAUCAAUGGCCAAUCUAUCAUCUACCGAAGAUCCUGCGGCCAUGUCUGCCAGGGCCUGCAUGUCCGGUCGCUCUUCAACAGGGUUGAGCUUUGAAGGGGUUUGGCCUUUGAACAACGGAAUAGUGUGGUCUACCGGAUAGUUGUCCUGUAACUCGAGUAUGCGGCUGAACCUCUUCUGGCUCUGCGAAGACAUGGGUCUCUGAGGCAUCGGUGAGAGAAUUUCAAGUGUGUCCUUUGGAGGAACAUCUCCCGAUGUUUUUGGUCGAGCUCGAGGUCCUGAACCACCUGACACCAGCGAGAGGGGCCUAAACGUGAACGAUGGUAGCUCCCACUGUGGAUGGAUCAGACCAGCCUCGACGCCUACACUGUCUUCACCGCUCCUCUCCUGUUGAUAGUCGUACUCCAGAAGCUGUGAGAUGGACCUAUCAUGAGGCCGUCGGUCGGAGCUCGGCGAAUGCACUCUCGCAGCAAGGGAUGUAAGGUCGCGCGGGCUUCGACUUGCGUUGGGGAAAAAGGCACUCGAGUGAGUUGACCCACAAGUUCGGCGAGAAGCAGUCGAAGUGCGAGCAUUGUCUUUGUCCUCGCGCGAGGGCCUGCUUGGAUUUUCCUGAUAAGGAAGCACUGCUGGGUAAAUUGCCUAUUGUCUCAAUUAGCACAUGCAAACAUGAAGGCACUCCUUAAGGUAUGAUAGGAUUCUGACCUUCGACGUGGCACUGUUACUUCUCGCCGGAGUUGUUGUGGCCGCCAAGCUGGACACACGCCUCGGAAUCACGCCCGCGUAGCUGUACUUUGAUUGUUCGCUCGAUCGACGAUUGUGACGGGUCGGAAGUUCAGCUGGCUGAAACGUGGAGCCUUGCAUGAUGCCGAAAGGAGAUUGAGCUUGACGACGGUCAGGUACGCCUUCAUUUUCUGGUGCAGUCACGUCUUCGUUGAUGACCAGACUGACCGCGGAGAGCUCGGCGGGCUGAUGGAUGCCGUCUCCUUCCCAGAAGGACUCGGAGUAAUCGUAGUAAUGAGGCGUGGUGGAUUCAGUCGGCGACUUUGGCAACCCUCUGAAUGACCCUGCGCUGUUGUUCCAAGUCCCACGGGCGUUGUGCAGCGAGCUGGACAUGGGCGUGGUUGUCCUGUAAGGCGGGUACGAUGAGACCCCGGCUAUGUUCCUCGAAGACACAGCUGGUGAGGGCAUGCGAACAAAGGAAGAAAAGGAGUUAUUCAGCUCGGGACGAUAGCCUGGCAACCCGGGUCGCAUCGGAAACAGAGAUACCGGGGAGGAGGCCACGGUCCCAAUGCUACCUCCACGGGGGUACCCUCUUCUGUGUGCGUACCUGUACGGCUGUAGUACCUCACUGAAGGCCGGUGAGGAGGCUCGAUGACGAGGUCUCCUUGGAUGCCCUGAAUACACCAUUGGCGAGCUCGAAUGCAAGCUUUGAAAGUCUCGCUGGCUUCGUAAGGUGAUUAACGACCUAUGGGUAUAAAGGCCACGGGGCGCGAGCGGCGGCCCUGCGAGACCUUGAAGCCCGUGCGAUCUAUGCCGAUGUCCAGCUCUUCUUGGCCGUAAGCCCGAGUGCUGGGAAGCUGUGGUGGAAUAUAUAGUCUCCCGACCUGAGAGACCGGAGGAAGAUGGAACGGGCCUUAAGCCAUGAUGCCGAUGGGAGCGUCGUGCCCGUGGAGACCGUUGAUGACGAAGCUGAGAUGCGAAGGAGGUGUCGAAAGAGCCAGACCGACGCCGUGUUGAUUGGACUCGAGAUCCAGCGCGAGGUAUUCUGGACGGCCGUAUAGCAAAAGGCCCGCUGUCACCUAGCUCGGUUGUCGUUCUCAACAUGCUCUGAACGGCGCUGGAACGAAGAGAGGUGGCAGAUGCUGUAGGGGCGCCAUUGUCCGCCUUUGUUUCAAGAGAUGAUACGAUCCUUUGCACAUUGGGGUGGAUCUCUUCGAGAGGCAUCGCGGACUCGCGCUGUCCAUGCCGGUAGGGAUAGAGAACAAUGGAACAACGGCUGAUAGACAGCUGGAGUAAGAGAAACCAAAGGAGUUGAUGACAAUCGAUGGCAGCGUAGGCAGGAAAUUGCAGAAGAAAGACACUCAAGCAAGACAAGGGAGGCAUCUUUUCAGUGCCAGUGUUUUGUUGCGUGGGUUACUGCAGUGGAAGGAGCGCGUCUGGUGCUUGGCAUCGAUCAGGCUGGGAAGGAACAGGGGAAACAUCCAGCAACUCAAACUUGAAGGGCAGGACGAACGAGGCAGAACUUCAACUUGACUGAGAUUGUAUCAAGCUGUCAGAAGACUCGGAUGAAAAAUAAGACUCGACAGAGGAAAUGCAUGUUUGCCCACGAGAAGACUGCACACAUACACAAACCAAAAGCAUACUCACUGUAUAGCAUGCAACCCUCAUGACAGUAGGUACUGUUUCCGCUGUGGAUAUCAUCAUCAAUCCCAACCACAUACCAUGAUAUAGCUGUCUAGUUCAUGUCGGCAUCAUUCCAAUCCCUCCUCCACCGCGGCCA